AAAAAGUUAUACGGAAGCAAGACAGCACUAUGAAAAUGACUCCAAUCAAGAGGUAAUGCAAGAUGAGAAGGUCUAUGCUGUAGAUAUGCAGAAAGUCUUACUCUUGCCCAAAUGUCAACCAAGGAAUCCUUUUUUGUUUCAAGGUUGGUCGUAUUCGAUGAGACGUUUGCGUCACUUCAUAAGGACGGAAAUAUUUGCGUGGCAUGAGGCUAUAAGAGGCAGGUCCGCGACGGAUGUUGCAUCGGCAUACUACAACGUAAUAAAAAAUUCAGACAAUGUUACCAAAAAAUUUACAUUCUGGGUAGACAACUGUUCUGCUCAGAACAAGAAUUGGACACUAUAUUCUGCUUUUGCGACUUUUGUAAAUUGUGAAUGGGGUCCAGAAGAGAUCACCCUAAAAUAUUUUGAACCAGGCCAUUCAUUUAUGGCUGCGGAUUCGGUUCAUGGCCGAAUCAGCACAGAAAUGAAAAAACACCCAAACAUUUAUGAUUUUGAACAGCUUCUGAAAAUAAUUGAGCAGUCCUCAAAAAAAAACUAA